CUUGUGCGUCAUAUAAGCACAUGGGUGGCAUUUCGCUCCGUUCGGGCAUCCAACGCGAAGACAUCGAACUUUAUAAAUAAAAGGCCCACGCUGUUUGACUAUAGUGCUACUUCGCCUUUUUGUCCCGUAAACAAUAAUUCCGUGUAAAACCGCUCCGUCAACGUAAAAAAUGGCACACCCAAAAGAAGUUGCUGGAUUCAAGCUGGGCAAGUUACUAAUCGAGGGCAAAACGAAGCAGGUGUUCGACUUACCUGAAGAGACCGGACAUUGUAUUUUGAUCAACAAGGACAGAAUUACUGCUGGAGAUGGGGUCAAAGCACACGACAUGGAAGGCAAAGCGGCCAUUUCCAACCAGACCAAUGCUAAAGUUUUCGAGAUCCUAAAAGCUGCAGGAAUACCAACGGCAUUUGUCAAAAUCGCAUCACCAGUUGCGUUUAUAUCGAAGAAAUGUGACAUGGUACCAAUCGAGUGGGUCACCAGGCGGUUGGCGACUGGCUCCUUCCUCAAACGCAACCCUGGAGUACCAGAGGGAUACCGGUUCACGCCGCCCAAGCAGGAGACAUUCUUCAAAGACGACGCCAACCAUGACCCACAGUGGUCAGAGGAACAGAUCGUAUCCGCUAAGUUCACUUUUAAUGGACUUGUAAUCGGUCAAGAUGAGGUGGACUACAUGCGCAAUGUGACAAUAUUGGUGUUUGAGAUCUUGGAGAAGGCCUGGGGUCUUCGCGAUUGUGCUCUCAUUGACAUGAAGAUUGAGUUUGGUGUUGAUGCCGACGGUAAAAUUCUUCUUGCUGACGUCAUCGACUCUGACUCCUGGAGACUAUGGCCGUCUGGAGACAAGAGGCUAAUGGUGGACAAACAGGUCUACAGAAAUCUCAGUACAGUGACCGCCGCGGAUUUGGACACAGUGAAGCGGAACUUUGCCUGGGUGAAGGACCAACUCGACCAUCUUAGACCGAAAGUUCACCACAAAGUUGUUAUAAUCAUGGGAUCGGCCGCUGAUGUGGAGCAUUGCCAGAAAAUUGCAAAAGCGGCUAAGAAAUUCGGUCUCGAUGUGGACAUGCGCGUUACUUCAGCGCACAAGGCGACCGAGGAGACGCUACACAUCAUGAAACAGUACGAGGACACUCAUGGCGCGCUUGUGUUCAUCGCGGUCGCAGGACGCUCCAACGGAUUAGGACCAGUGCUAUCUGGCAACACGUCCUACCCUGUCAUCAACUGCCCACCGCCUUCUAGUAACCUUGUGCAGGAUAUAUGGUCAUCUUUAUCUCUUCCAUCUGGGCUUGGCUGCGCAACUGUCAUAUAUCCAGACAGUGCUGCUGUAAUGGCUGCACAAAUAAUAGGGGUACAGGACUACAUCGUAUGGGCGCGUAUUCGAUUUAAUCAGUUAGAAAUGGCCGCGUCACUCAGGGUUGCGGACAAGAAAGUCAGGAAUUUGUCCAUAGAGUAAUAUAUAGGGUAGCUAUUCCAAUGUCUGAGAGUUUAUAAUGUAUGGUUUUAUAUUAUUAUUUUUGUAUGCUUUGUUGUUUACUGUGUAUGAAAAAUCAUUCCCUAUUUAAUAAAAUGUUAAAAAUA